AUGUUCGAUGCCCAACGUGACGAUCCUUCAUCGACCCUGGCCGAUUUGACCAGAGGGCUCUAUAGUAUCUACACCGACUUGGUCGGAUCCCAGCGAACUUCUCCAAUCCUGCCUUCUGUUUCGGCUGGCAAUAUCUCACCAUGCGUCUCUUCGCGUCGCGUAUCGAAUCCUGCUUCUCCGUCGCAGUCUGCAGGAAUGUCUCCUGUCCCUUCCACUGAACAUGAACAUCCCCACCAAAGCCCGGCAGUGAGUCCGGCCACAGGUGAGUCUGGAGACUCUGGCAGUUCCAGUCCAAAGUAUGCGACGAUGGCCCGUCUGGUUUGCUCGACUGUGGGACAGGACGUUGCCCAUGCCACAAAGGUACCGUCCAAGAGGCAGUCUACUUCACCAGCAGCGUCGCUGCCACCAGUUGUACCACGACCGGAGCCUGUGGAACCACUCAAGGUGUCAUUUGAGGACUUCGCAAUCUGCUACCGUCGAAGCCAGCACAAACUAGCCCAGAGAAAGAAGCUGGAAACCCGUCUCCAUGCCACCAAGCUAUCCAUUGGGAUCUCCUCCCGGUUAGUCCGCGUCGCAGCUGCCAUCCAGAGGGGCCUGGCUGAGUGUCUGAAGUACGACGACAAACUCAAUUUUGUUGCCAUCUAUCAAACCUUCCAUGAUAUCCUGGAAUCCAGUGAUGCUGCUUUCCGUCGCCAUGUCCACCGGCAGGACCCGUUGGACGAAUGGUCACAACCCAUAGACUCCGCUUUGGAUCGCUCCCCGGGAUUUUUCCUUCAAUUGAGUCCGCAGUCAAGGACCGAUCUCCUGGAGAUUUUGCAACUCGCUCGUACCGAUUCUCAGUUUCUGUUUGAAAGGCUGCGCGGCAUGUCUCAGUCUCAGCUGGCUGCCUUGAUAUCUUCCGCUGCCAUUUCCGAUGCUAGUGAUCUUGUCUUUCCUUCUGCCACCCGAUCCCGUAAUCAAUUUUCGUUCACUAAGCGCAAUGCUUCUCAUGCCGCUCCCUUUAUAGACCACGCUUUGGGGUUCGAAAGGACAGACCCUCUUUCGUCCCUACUGUUUAACAUUUUCGCCGCGCCAUUGGAUUCCGAUGCUCCUGAAGCCUACUUACGUCUGGAUGUUUGGUCUUCGGUCUGUGCAAAACUCAUUUCCCAUGGCGGUAGUAAAUAUUACCCUCUGAUCGGCCACAUCUUGUCCCUCUGGACCUCAUCCAGCGACUGGAAAGCCAAGCCUAAAUUUGAACUCUACCUUAUGGAUACCUUGCAAGCCGGCGCAUUUCUUUUGGAACAUAUAGACACUCCUUCCGGAUUAAGCUUUGAUGCUGAACCACCGGACCCGCUGAGAACUGAUGUUGCUGAGGAAUUUUUUGCGUCCGCUGUGAAUUCCUUGUUCGACCUUCUUGAUGACCCAGACGCAGGCCUCCCCCAUGCUGUGAUGAAAUUUGGAAGUGCCGUCCUUGGGAAGCUGGAUCACCCCGAAACCCGUGAUCGUUUCCUUGAGUUCUUUUUCGUCCAGUGGUUUUUCUCCAAGUUCCUAUACGGCGCACUGACAUACCCCGAAACUCAUGGCCUUCUUCUUGAUUUUCACAUCAGCAAGGAUGCAAGAGAGAAGCUUCUAGGUCAAGUAGGUCUUCAGGCUUACACGCAGGUAUUCUCUGUUCUGCGCUCAAUGUCUCGCUUCUCGAUGACACGUCCGGAAAUCAGGCAGCAUGUAGAAAAUAUGCUCUUCCGGCUAAAUUCAGCUUACGUGUCCACAGAGGUUCCAAUACGUGGUAACGCCUCUGAAUGCCUUUCGAGCGUUGGUUCUGGGGCCAGGCGAGACCCCUCUGUCUUUUUAAUGCUAUCCGCCACAGACGUUGUUACCCUUCUGAACGCUCUUUUCCCCAGAACAUCGUCUCCUUUGUGUAGUCCCCCAGCUACAUCCUCAGGGCUCGCUUUACACUCCCCCGUUCAAUCCCAGUAUCACUUCGAAAGAGUCGGAACAGUGUUUGAACCGGGUUUUUUCCGGCCUCAUGUCGGUAGCUUUUAUUCUAGGCCCCCUGCAAAUGGCAAAACGAUCUUCCCAUCGGAUAUGAAUUUCUUGUCUCUCCCAGCAAAUUCUUUGUUUCGAAAUGCGGAUCGUAUCCGCUUUGAGCUAUCAGAUAUGGGUGAGCUUGAUGGUCGUGCUACUCUAGACCACCCCUCGAGCGAGGACUGGGCCAUAUUCUCAAUCUCCGAGACUGAUAGGACCCUUACGUGGGGUCUGUUCCCUGAUACUGCCCUGGAGAAUCAAUCCGAGGAUGAUGUUCAGUCCACUGCUUUGGGCAUUGAAGAUAACUAUGAAGCUCUGCAGACGGCCAUCGUGAAGCUUGUCGAGGAAAAUGAACGUGGCGAGCCCGUUGAAUAUGGAUCGCCUGACCAGGAUGCUAAGUUCAGUCGUUCGUCCCUGAGACAGCGAUUCGACCGAGCAGUGUCCCUUUGCCACCAAGACUCAGAUUUCAUUGGCGCUCAUUACUGGUGGAAUGCAUCACGGCAGCUCCUUCAUAGUUCCGACGAUGUUCCGACACGUUCUGUUGAUGACAGUUGGAUCCUCGGUCCAAUGUAUACCUCUUGCACCCGAUCAUUGAACACCUCAAAGUCGGUUGCUGAACGUUGCGAGAUGCAUUUCUUGGCGCUCGAUCGCCAGAUGCAACGCUUACAGAUAACAGUGAAGGACUUGGCGGCCACAAUAACAAAGCUCCGUAAUAAAAUGUGGUAUAUGACUGAUGUCAAGAAUUCGAUGAGGUAUGAAGACGCCAAACAUGUCGCGCUUGCACUGAAAACAAUGAUCUACUCUGCACGUCUUUUCAAACAGCCCCAGAGCGAACCACGGUCACGCAGCGGCACAAGGUCGUUGGCGGGUUCGCUACUUCAGAAACCCGAAGUCCAGGUCAUGAAUGUUAUGAAAGCGCCUGGCAGUCAAGGCGGUCCAAAUAAAUUAUCGGACGAGCAAGUUGAUCUCACUCGCAAAUGGCUAUUGCACAACGGCAUCGAUAACUUCUGCAAAGGUGAGGAACGAAUACACCGGUUUUGUUAUGAAGUGAAGACCAGCAUCAACCGCCUCGUCGGAGAGACUAUGGCAGAGACCCCUGUGCUGUGGGCUAGUGAGUUGUUCCAGAAGGAGCGAACAAAAUACGAGGGCUACAGCAACCGCCGCAUAGUAAGUGUCUCUAGUACUGGCAGCAGCAUUCGCCCCUCCAGCAUUGCCGGCGAAGAUGUGCACGCUGCACAGUUAUACGGCACGUAUCCCCGCAGGUCGGAUUCGGUACCCAGAAUUCCUCCAGAUAUCGCGCCGUUGGGCCGCAAAAAAUCCUACCAGAGCCUUGCGUCGGAUAAGUGGAGAUCUCCAAUCGACUUCUCUGCGACGGACACAUCUUCCGUCGGGGACUCGCCUGGGAAAUCUACCUCUACUUCAACCGCUGACUCGUGCAGCACUUUCUGGUCAGCUCCUCGUGUCAAGGCACAGUAUGCUGGCAGUUCAUCUAGCUUGUUCUCCAGACCGCCUUCCAUGUUUAGCGAUACCGCGGCUCCAUCUCGUCGUAAUGAUCGGAAUGCGCACGGGAAGGCUACCUUUUUGCAAGAAAUGAAAGAGGCUUUGACUAGCCUGUUCCUGAGCGAUCUGGGUUCGCCUGUAUGGAGCUGUGGGAGUGAAACAGAUGCUUGGUUCCUCAACGCUCUAAACAGAAGAAAUAUCCGGGUGCAAAUGGAGAAACGAGCCAGGGUCCAGAGAUUCUAUGCGGAAUAUGAAGAGCGGUCGACUCGUCAAAUGACUUCCCGCACGUCGUCUAACCCUCGAAGAAGUAGAUCCCUGGGGCCUGGUCUGGUCAUUAACAAGGUCCCGGAGACGCCCAGAACAGAGAUUGGAAGUUCCCAACUUCCUCGCGAAGAAGAUUACCAACAGCCAUUUUCAUAUCAAAAGGCAUUUGCUCGAUUAAUGGAAAUAUUCUCACGUCAUGCCAAUCCUUUUGUCAAACUAAAGGCUCUUCGCGACUUGAGGUCACUGGCCAUAGCCGCUCUCAAUUCACCCAGUGAUGACAAAAUUCCCUUGGGCAUACGCAAGGAAUGUCCUCGAGAGAGUGUACGGCGGAAUCGAGCUUCACGGUAUAGUUUCUCUGGAAUCCCCGCCACUGAGAAUCGGGAGAGGCUUAAUGUUCAGUCUUCUAUCUCCCCUGCCGCCGAGUCGGUUAUAUUCGACUCUCGCCCUUCGGAAUAUUCUUUUCCGAAGGAGAUGCAAAUAGUAACUUUCCUACGGGAUCUUAUUCUCGAGCUGAAGCCCAAGACUCUUUUUAGGGAUCUUCAGUUCAUCUCUGCAUUUGUCCCCAGUGAGAUAUUAAACAAAACUGACAGUGGCACGGCAUUCUUGCAGUUUGGACUGGCAGCAUUGAGCCUAAAGGACGAAGUUUGCAACAGUAUGGUGGAAAUCGCUGACAAAAUUGUAUCUCAAGAGCUCAGUCGGCGACACCAUCCGCCCCAUGGGCAUGAUUCCAGCACCCGGUCAGGGCACGGUAUUGAGGAUGCAGCUGGGAUGUGGAUUAUCACUGCGAAAGAGGGAAACCCCGUUGCGCAGCGCGAGCUCGCUAUUCUUUAUCUUACCCACCCGGAACUUCUCCCUCGCGUAACACUACCGCUUACUUUGCCGCGAGACACAUUCAAGGCAGAGAUGAUGUAUCAUCGUGACGAGGAUUCAAAGUCUGAUCCACAGAGUAUGUGUUUGGCGCUGCACUGGAUGCAGCUGUCUGCCAAUGGAGGUGAUGAGCUCGCGAAGAAUCGGCUGCGAGAACGGGAAGAAUUCGAUUCCAUUGCCUGA